UGCAGGCCAACAGCGUCACCUUCAUUAGUUGGCAACAAGGACCGCUUUGGAGGGCUACUGGAUGAGUAUAGCAGCCGCCGUACGAGUCCUGCCCCUCUACACCCCGCUGUCUCUGUACGUACAGCCACAGCGAUUUUCAAGUUCGACGCCAAAUCACCAAGGGAAUUGUCGCUGAAUCGCGGGGAGAUUGUUCGUAUAACAAGAGAGGUGGAUGCAAACUUGGUUGGAGGGCGAACGGAACGGUCGAAGCGGUUUGUUUCCCCGAAGCUAUGUGCAGUUGGACGACGAAUUCGAUCGUUCGCGGUGCAAGGCAAAAGCCGUUUACCCGUUCACGUCCCGACGAUCCACCGAACUCUCGCUCAAGAUGGGCGAACUGGUGACGUUGCGAAGGGAGAUCGACGAGAAUUGGCUAGAAGGCACAAAUCAUCUCGAAGCUACGUUCGAUUACUCGAGGACAUUCCGGAUGAUGUGAACGAGAUUCCACAGUUGGCAUAUUCGCCUGAUCGUCCGAAAACUCCCAAAGUCUACGAAAAGGACGCCUACCGCGAUUUUUUCGACCUGCAAAUACUUCCGGAUGAGUCCAGCAUCAACAGAUCAAGCGGCCGAGGAGCGAGGGGUACUUGUGCACCGCUGACAAAAUCCCUAAAGGAAGUCAAACUAUCUUCGCCUUCAGCGACGAACCUUACGAGAGAAAUUAAGGACGACGGUAAUGACCAGUGCAAAGACAAAAGGGCAUUCAAAGUGACAGCGCAUGGAGACACUCAACCGCUAGUCAUCGUUGUCGACAGAUUUGGAAGGAGAGUCAGAGUGCAACCAGCAAUA